UGUAUGGUUGUAAACUAAAAUAAAAUGAUUCAUUUUCACAGAAUUUACUAAACACACCUAUAACUGUACGCUAUGCAACUUUAAAAUUGAUAUUUAUUUUUUGUUUAACAUUAAAAAGCCGACAGAAAAAGUUUUCAGUUUGUUUUUCAUCGAAGUUUGUUUCAGUUGUUUGUGACGCGGUUAUACGACCCCACCUAUAUCAUUGUGCCUGUGUUUUGUAGUAGAUUAGGUGUAUAAUCGUUAUGACGAACAAAUAAUUAUUAUCAGGUUAAAUGGACAUAUUCAAAAUGAAAAACGCGCUAUAUUUAAGUAUUUUUCUAUUGUUACACAUUGGUUAUAAUGUAGCUAGGGAAGUACCGUCACCGCCCUACAUAGUAAAACAACCUCCCACCGACGAGGUGCUUUUUCAAGUAGAAUCGACCGGCGACCACCAAAAACCUUUUUACAUAGAAUGCGAGGCAAUAGGCGAGCCCGCACCCAAGUAUUACUGGAUGAAAAACGGCAAAGAGUUCAAAUGGCAGACGUAUGACGACCGUAUAUCGCAACAAACUGGUCGCGGUACCCUCUCAAUAUCCAAACCGUCCGAUGUCGAUCUCGGCCAGUACCAAUGUUUCGCCGAAAAUCAAUACGGCAUCGCCACUUCCAACUCCGUGUUCAUGAGAAAAGCCGAAUUGAACUCCUUCAAAUCGACCCAACCGAAACCCCUAAGCGGAAACGAAGGAGAACCCUUUAAGUUGCAAUGCUCGCCGCCAGAUGGAUGGCCGAAACCAGUGGUCAACUGGAUGUACUACUACACAAAUGGUGCUUUCAAAACCAUCAACAGCUCCAGGAUGACUUUGGAUCCAGAGGGUAACCUGUGGUUCUCAAACUUGACCAAAGCCGACGAUGCCGUUCAAGACAACUUCCACUACGCCUGCGUUGCCACCUCGCCGACCAAACACGAAUACAAAUACGGCAACCUUGUCAUCCUCAAAGUUAUAUCUAGCGGGGUUUCCGCCUCGCAAAACAAACAUGCACCGGAAUUGCAAUAUGUGACCAGGAAAAACGAAGUGGCUUAUCGAGGAAAACGAGCCGAAUUGUUCUGCAUAUUUGGCGGGACACCUCUUCCGCAGACGGUUUGGUCGAAAAACGGGCAGCUAGUACAAAGUUCGGAUCGAAUAACGCAGGGCAAUUACGGGAAGUCCCUCAUAAUAAAGGUCGUCGAUUUUGAAGACGAAGGCGCAUAUACUUGCGAAGUCAGUAAUGGAGUUGGAGAAGCAAAAUCAUACUCCAUCAACCUACAGGUUAUGGCUGUACCGUACUUCACCGUUGAACCGGAGAGAAUCAACGCGGCCGAAGACGAGACGGCUGAAUUUAGAUGCGAAGCUUCCGGCGUACCGGAACCGGAAAUCAAGUGGAUUCACAACGGUAAACCCAUAAGCGAGGCGCCGAGCAAUCCUAGACGUAAAGUAUACAAAAACCGUAUUAUCAUCGAAAGAUUGCAGAAGAGCGAUACCGGGAACUACGGUUGUAACGCCACCAAUUCGCUUGGUUAUGUCUACAAAGACGUUUACGUUAACGUAUUGGCUUUGGCACCGGAAAUCACUGAAGCACCAAGAGACACUGAUGCUGUAGAUAAUCAAUAUGUAAAUAUGACGUGUAAAGUGCUUGGAGCUCCGAAACCGAACGUUAAAUGGAUCCACAACGGUAAAGAAUUGACUGGUGGUAAAUACGUCAUCAUGGAAAACGGUGAUUUGUUUAUCAAGAAAGUUCAAUUUGAUGAUAGCGGCAACUACACCUGCUUCGCCGAAAAUAAAUUAGGAAAUACCUCGGCCAACGCUAAAUUAACAAUUAAAGCUCACACUUAUAUAACCGACGAUCCAGAGGACUACGAGGUUGAAGCUGGUACGAUAGCGACGUUCCGUUGUAACGCAGUCGCCGACGAAUCGCUCAAUCUCGAAAUCCUUUGGCUUAAGAACGACGAACAAAUCGACUUCGAAGGCGAGCCGCGCUUCGUUAAGUCUUCCGAUUACUCGCUGACGAUCACGAAAACUAUCGAACUCGAUUCCGGUACUUACACGUGCCUGGCUAGAACCGAUCUAGACGAGGCUAGGGCUUCCGCGCAACUCACCGUACAAGACGUGCCGAAUGCACCGCAAAUGAAGGGAGUGGAGUGUCACGAAAAAGACGCCACAAUCAGCUGGGAACCCAUGGGCGAUAACCGCACUCCAAUUUUGCACUUUAUCAUACAAUUCAACACUAGUUUCACUCCGGAUUCGUGGGAGGACGCGUACGAUAGCGUGCCCUCGGCCGAUAUGACUUACAACGUGCCCAUGAGCCCGUGGGCGAACUACACGUUCAGAGUGAUGGCCAUCAAUAAAAUCGGCAGGUCGCUACCAUCGUCGCACUCGAGCGUGUGCAGCACGAGACCGGAGGUGCCGCAUAAAAAUCCCGAUAACGUGGUCGGCGAAGGCGAUCAACCCGAUAAUUUGGUUAUAACCUGGACGAAAAUGCCCAAAAUCGAACACAACGCCCCUGGAUUCAAGUACAAAGUGUUCUGGAAACGUGACAUUUCCGGUAAAAAUUACCAAGUAGAUGAAAUCAACAACUGGGAACAAGAUAGACUCGUCAUACCCGGACAACCGUCCUUCCAGCAAUACCGAAUUAAAGUGGUGGCUUUCAACGAAAUGGGAGAAGCCGACGUGGCCCCGCAAGAGGUGAUCGGUUUCUCCGGCGAAAGCGAGCCCGAAUUGGCACCCAGAAACUUCUCGCUGCUCUCCAUCCAAAGCGCCACCACCGCCAUCUUAAGCUGGGAACCAGUACCCGUGGAAUCGGUAAAGGGCGACUUCAAGGGCUAUAAAAUCAAGACCUGGAGCGACCAAUCUCCCAUACACAACGAGAUUCAAGUGCAAGGCCUCGCCAAAACGGCCCUCGUCAACACUUUGGUACCUUUCACCAAAAAUUACGCUCAAGUUUACGUGUACAACGGCAAAUAUAACGGACCGCCCAGCGAAACUCUCGGCUUCGAUACGCCCGAAGGCGUGCCCGGAGAAAUGGACACGCUGGAAGCAAUCCCGCUGGGAAGUUCCGCCUUUAUGCUCAAAUGGGAGAGACCCGACAGACCGAACGGCAUACUAACAGGCUACAACAUUUAUUACGCCGUGGUGGACAGCAGCAUGAAAGUGGGACAACCGCAGGAGAGAACGCCGCAAAUUAAGGAUCCGAACAGGAAACGCGCCAAGUUGGGCGGUCUGCAAGCAGGAACCAAGUACAGGAUCUACAUCAGCGCCACCACUAAAGCCGGCGAGUCGAAGAGAUUCUUCAUCGAACGCGUGACGAGAGAAGCGGGCUUCCACGUCCCAUCGAAACCCACUUUCGAUUGGAGCAUCGUAAAAGACAGUCUGUCAGCCGCCGUGAAAGUCCAUUGGUUGCCGAACGAGGACGGCAAACCCGGUUCGCACUUCUACGUCAAGUACAAGAAGCGCGGAGACGACAAUUUCCUAUUGACGCCUCCGGAGAAGUCGGAGGACUUCCUGGUCGUUCCCGGAUUGGAAGUGGGCGAGCUCUACGACUUUAAAGUUGUCUCGGUAGAUGGCGAAAGCCACGUGGACAGCGACGUACAAGAAGUAAGCACCUAUGAUGUCGACGGACCUUCAAUAAGGCCGAAAGAAAAUGUCGCCACCGCUGGAUGGUUCAUCGGAAUGAUGUUGGCCAUUGCUUUCCUCCUAUUGAUCCUCAUUAUCGCUUGCAUCGUCAAGAGGAAUCGCGGUGGUAAAUACGCUGUUCACGAAAGAGAACAGCAAAAUGGACGUCACGACUAUCCCGACGAAGGGGGCUUCCACGAAUAUUCUCAGCCGUUGGACAAUAAAUCGAGAGCUUCGAUGGCAAGCGACCACAAAGUUGGACCUGAGAGUGACACCGACUCCAUGGCAGAAUAUGGGGAUGGUGACACUGGUCGUUUCACCGAAGAUGGUUCGUUUAUUGGGCAAUAUGUUCCGAGUAAUAUGAAGCAGCUGGGGAGUGGUUCUGGAGCGGGUGGCGGCACCAAUGCUAUGGCCACGUACGUUUAGAAAAAUUCUCUUUAAUAAUGAUAUUACGAAAUAAGGCAGCGUUUUCGCGCGCGCUCUGUUGCAAUGUACCAUGCGGUUGAAUUUUGUUUUUAUUUUUCGAUUAUUGUUUUCUUUUUGCCGACGAUAUUAUGAUGUGCAGUGCUACAGUGUUUGCGGCGAAAUACAAAUUUUCUCAGCUUUCAGUGUUGUGGAUUAUUUUUCAGACUUUCUCUCGAAUAAUGUGUUCUAAUUAUUUUUUUUUUCGUUUAAGAGUUAUUAUUAUUCAUAAAUUCGUCCAUUUUAUUUUUAAAUAGGUUCUAAUGUUUAAAAAUCAAAAUAAAUUUAAUGUAUAGUAAUAUAUUAUGUUUUCCAUUGCAGUUUAAAAAUGACUUGAUCCGAGGUAACGGUUUUUAAAUUGUAAUGGCGUUUGUUAAGUGUUAAAUAUUUUUUCUCUUCAAUCUUUAUUGUACUAUAGAUUAUUAUAGUAUAUUUAAAAAUGUUAAAAAUUACGUUCAACUCUACAGAUAUUUAACUAAGGCAUAUUACCACUAUGCUUUAAUAUGAAUUGACUUAAAAUAAAAAGGAAAUCUCAAAAUUCUCUCUAUACCUAGAUAUUAGGGAUCAUUAGUUGUCCCAUAGAAAAACUGUUUAUUAUAUUUUUUAUAUACAUUAAUUUUUUUAUUCUUAACACUGCCUAAUAAUUUGUAAAUUAAGGAUUUUCUACCGUUGUUGCUACCAUGUGGAAUUUAUUUUUAUAAGGCCAUGACAUUUCGUUUUAUUUUUUCGACUAAGCAUCACAUUUUGUACGCGUAAAAUCAUGACAAUACAAUUUAUUAAUACAAUAAAUUAAGCGCCAUAUGAGUGUGUGGUAACAGCAACUUUUGGAAAACAAAAUGCGUUUUGUAUUGAUAGUUAUAAGCAGUAGAAGCGUGUUGAAAAUCUCAAAAAAUCAUUAAUUAUUUGUACGGACUGAACAAUGAACACAAACCAUUUAAAUCAGCCUGUAUUAUCGAAAUAAUUUCAUUUCCUUUGUAAUAUAUUAUUUUGUAUGUAUAGCAGUUAAUCAUCAUCUCAUCUUUUACAUUAUGACAUGUACACAACCAAUGAAAGAAUAUAAAUAUAUUUUUGAAUAUAGGACAUUUUUUAAGGAAGGGUACAUUUUUGUGUCAAUUUUUCGGGGAAUAAGCUUACUGUAAAACAGGAUAUAGGUGCUAGUAAUGUGGUAAAACUUUGUUGCAUGUUUAUGCUUGUUACGUUUAAAAUAACAGCUUUGAGAUACGUAAAUUCCCAGGGAAAGAUUAUCAGGUCGCCAGGAUACCAGUGCCUGCGCAUCCGUUUUGCUGCGCAGAAUGACUGCGCCUCCUAAUCUUUCCCAAUUUCAUGGUGAGAAUGUGUUUUUUACUUACAACUUUGGCUUUUAUGUAAAACUAUAUGAAAUGUUUUGUCAGACACAGCACUUUAAUAUGUAUAUGUAAUACUCAUAAGUAUAUAUGCAUAUCAAUUUGUAUUGGCAAAAAACGUAUUUGCACUAUUUGUUGGUUAUUAGGUAAGAAUUGUAUACAAAUUACCAAAGGACUGGUACAUGAAUACACAAAUAAAUAAAAGUAGAUUAAAGGCAUUUUUUUACCGGAAGCUGUUAUUAAUUAAUUUAAGGGUUCAAAUUAUUUAUUGCAAUUGUAACUGUAGUUUAAGAUUUAUUAAUUUGUUAUUUUUCUCAUGUACAUGAUGCAAUUGCUUUCUAGUUCUUUAUUCAAUACAUAAUUAUAUGUGAUUCAUCAGGCAAUGGAAUAAUCAUUUAAAAAAAUUAUUUUUGCAUUUAGAUUUAAUAUUACCUACAUCUAAUAAUAAGAUUUAAUGUAGCUUAUCUUAAUUUAUUUUUCUUUUAUUCUUGGCAAAAUGUUUCAAAAUUACGUUUAACUUACCAUUAAUUUACUAAUUAAUUUGUUACUUUGUAUAUGCCUUUUCCUGCUAUGUUAUAGAUUUUUUUAUACAAAAAACUGGUUUAAAAAGUAAAUAUUGUCAUAAUUUUUGC